AUGCCUCCCAGAAUAAACAUACCGCCCGUCACGCGCAUACUGCUCAUCACCCUCGGUCUGCAGAGCAUCCUCAGCGCCGCCAUCCGCUACAGGCAAUGGACCGCCAACUCGGAGAUCGUCAUCCCUUACCUCAACCUCAUCCCACAGCUCUCUCUGAUAUACCCGUGGACGUUCCUUACAACAACCUUGGUGGAGAGCAAUGUCUUCACCUUGGCCAUCGCCGCCGUCACCCUCUACCAUGGGGGCCGCUACCUCGAGAGGGCUUGGUCGUCCAAGGAGUUCGCCAAGUUCCUCUUGAUUACCGCCCUGAUACCCAAUACCUUGUGCUUUGGCGUCAUGGUGACCUUCUUCACCGUCACUCGUAACGAGAGCUGGACAUCAGCUUCCUCGUCGCUUUUAGCCAGCUCGUCCCCGCCCACACCGUCACCCUCUUUAGAGGCAUCCUCUCCCUGCGUGCCGCGCUUCCCCCUCGUCUACCUCGGCCUGGUCCUGAUCCUGAGCCUGACGCCCCUCCUCACCCUCGCCUCCUUCCUCCUCGCCGUCUUCGGCCUCCUCACGAGCUGGACCUACCUGCGCUUUUACAAGACCGUCUUCCCCGACCUCGAUUCGUCCCAAACACCAUACUCCCUCCGCGGCGACGCCUCCGAGACCUUUGCGUUCGCCGAGUUCUUCCCCGCGCCCGCGAAGCCCCUGGUGGCCGCCCUGGGCGACCAGAUAUUCAACGUCCUCGUGGCUCUGCGCCUGUGCACGCCGUUCUCGCAGGCCGAGGUUUCGGCAGCUGGCGGCAACUCCGGGGGUUACCAUCCCUACAGCCACCGCAACGCGGCACCGGGCAGCGCGAGGGCUGAGGCCGAAAGACGGAGGGCGCUGGCGCUCAGGGCGCUGGAUCAAAAACUGCACGCGGCCACUGCCGGGCGGGGAGGCGCUGCUGGGUCUUCUUCUGCUGGCGCUGCCGCUGGAGGAGCUUCAGUUGCAGGGCGGCCCGUCUCGCCCGCGCCCCCUCCACCUGCAGUCACUGCGGAUCCUCCACCAACGACAGGUCCCACGGUGCUGCAACAACCGGUGUCCAACAACCAGACGGCCAUGACGUCGCGUCCAAGUGACGGCAUGUUGGGGGAGACGACCUACACACCUGACCACGACGACGGGGACAAGAGCGAGGCAUAA